CCCCAUGCCCUCGCUCCCUGCCUUUAUAAGUAGCCGCAGGGACCUCAAGCCUUCACUCCCUCGCGCCGCUCCGUCAGGAACUUCAGGAACUCUCUCCCUCUCUCGUUCGCUCCUUCGAAGGACAUGCUGGGAUUGGCGCUGCUGUCGUUGUGCGCCGUCGGGUGGGCGGCCGCCGCGCCCCACGACGAGGAUCUGCGCGCCAGCGUCGUCUUCAACCAGCUGGCGAUCGCCCAGCUGCUCGACAACGUCAGCAACAUCUCUCGUGGCCACGACACAGUGACGACGCAGCUGGCGCAGUUAUCCCGCAGCCACACAGCGCAGACGCAGCAGCUGAGUGAAGGCCUCUCUCGAGUGACAUCCAGCGUCGACAUCCUCUCCCAGGCUCUGACGUCACACCUGCAGCUGGAUGACGUCAUCAACCGAGGUACUUUCAUGCCAAGUGAGUUAGUGGAAAAAGUGAAAGCACAAGAGAAUGAAAUACAAGAACUGUUGCAAAGGAAUAACCAAACUGCAGCCGUCAUUCAACAGCUUGAAGGACAGAGUCUGCAACUUCAGAAUGAGGUCGACCUCAGACGCCAAGAGGCCCAGCAGAAGGAGGACUCGAUUGGGCAACUGGAAGCCAGCAUUCGGAGAGUGAAAGAUGAGACCCUGCAGCUUUUGGCCAAAGGCAACGCCACGGAAGCAGAAAAGGCCUCCCUUCAAGCAAAAACACAAGAACUGAAAGACCUAUUGACUGGGAGGGAAACAAUGUACAGCCAGAAACAGGCAAUCAAGACCCAGCUGGAUCAACAGGUCGCAGAGUUAGGAAGCGAAGAGAAUGAAAUCCGGCAGGAAAUGGCCCAGCUGGACGAGGAAAUCGAACAGCUUCAGCAAAGAAAGGCGUCAGUGGAGGGAGAUCUUCGAGCCCAACAAGAAAGGAACACAAACCUGAAGGAAGCCAAAGAGAAUGGCCUGGCAGGGAGCGGUAGUCUCCAGGCAGCAGUUGAUCAGUUGAAUGGAACCGUCAGAAAUGUAGAGACCCAGAAUGAAUCGCUGACAAGACGAAAGAAGUCAGCCGAAGAAGAAUUGAGAAGACUUAGAGCAACACUCACCUCACUAAACAACAAGAAGAAUCCAAUGAAAAGAAGAAUGGAAGAGGCCAUGAAGUUCUACGUGGACACAUGCCUUUAGUUUAAUACCGGGCUACUUUAGUUAUUCAUUUCCUUUUGAGUAUCAAAACACGCUACUUCCUCAGAGUCAAUAUUGGUUCAUAUUUUCAGGAAAUGUCUACCACGAAAAGAUGAGUCUCUUCAGAUGGAAACAAUUCUAGUUUGCAACGCAAUCUGGAAGGUAAAUUGCUUUAAUCAGUGAUCUGUAAAGGUCUGAAAGCAUUUUCUCCUCCCAACAGAACUACGUAGCUGCACAAACAUCAGCGAAGCUCUGCAAACAAGGACCAUCCUCAACGAGAACCUUAUUCGGGAACAUCGAGAAGCGAGCGCCCAGCUGGAAGCCAAGCGCAAGCAGAUGGAGGAGAGAAUCCGCCAGGCAAGGACCACCAAGCAACAGUUGCAAGAUCAACUCCUCCAACUGCAGACGAAGGAGCUGCAACGGAAACACGAGGAGGUACAGAUCAAGACGGAGAACCUCGCAGCCAAAUCCAGACUUCAAAGAGUAGAAGGAGAGAAAGCCCAAGUGAGAAACGCAAUCGCGAAACUCGAGCAGGACCUUCAACUUGCCAGUGACCGAAUCCAACACAUUGAAACAGUGAUUCCUUCCCUCAGACAAAAGAUUGAUGUGGUCACCAGUGGCUUAACACAGAGAAAAAACGAAAAGUUGAAUGCGAGAACUUCUUUAUCACAAAAUGUGAGUGAAACUGAGGAAAUGAUCAAACUUCUCACAGCUGAAAAUAGCCAUCUAGAGGAAGAGAUUGAACACGCCAAGGCAGAUGACCAGAGGACCACACAAACCAAAACGGAACUAGAACAAAAAGUGAAUGCAUUGAAUGCCCAGAAAGCAGAAUUGGGCAGAAACUU